AACCAGUCAAGUCAUAUCAUAUCAUCCUAUCACACCUCUCAUCAUAUCCUAUCAUCAACAUCAUAUCGUAUCAACAUCAUUAUUACCUGUCUUGAAAAAAAUGACAGAGGUUAAUCUUCAAACAACUUCAAAUCAAUCACAACCCAACUCAUCUACAACACCACAUUCUACUGGUUCAAUAACUCCAGAAUUAUUAGAAUACGAUGAAUUCUCUCAUUUAUCUUAUUCCUUAUCUUCUUUACCUUCAAUUCAAUCAGAGACUUUUUCAUUUGAUGAAGUGAAUAAUGAAGAAGAUGAAGAACAGGAGGAGGAAGAAGAGGACGAAGAUUCAUCAGAAGUAACUGUUAAUCGACCGAUCAGAUCAUCCGAUUAUACAACACAAUCUACUACAAUUCAAUCAACUUCUCAAUCAGAACCCGCUUCUUCAAUUCCUACUUCUCCCCAACCUACUAGGGCUUUUGGACUACCAUCAUCAAACUCGGGACCUCACUCACCACAUUUUCAUCAACCUAUCGAAAGAUAUGGAUCACCCAUUUCACUUUCAUCUUGGAACCCAUCUGAGGGAUUAUCUUAUCCAAGUUCAUCUAUCUCGGGAAGUUUAGAUAGUGAUAGAGAAUUAUCAGAUCACGAACAUGAGACUGGUUCUCAGAGACGAAAUGGUCCACUUACAGAUGGAGAAGUUGAAGAAGAAAUCGCUAAUGAUUCACUUGCAUCAACUCCAUUUGACGAUUCUCAUCAUAUGCAUACAUCCACCCGGGAGUAUCUCAGUAGGAUUACCGGACACCUUGUUAUGCCUAGAUUGCCUAUUCAUCAUCCUAUCUCAAAUGCUUCAAGUAGGGGUUCAAGUUUAAGAGGUGGAAGUAGUCCAAGGUCGAUGUCCUCAGCAUCUCUCCGUAGACUGAAUGCACCGGAAACGGGACAUGCUGAACAACCCUCUCACCAUACUUGGACCACUCGUGCGGGGCCAAAGCCUCGUGUUUUACUGUUCGAAGACGGCAAAUCAUCAGUUUGUAAGCCUAUGGUCGGCAAGGCAUCUGCUCUAACAAUUCGACGAGCUCGGGAUCUGGUCUCAGAUUUCAAGAUCAAUGACUCUGCAACUCAUGACGCACUCCUCUCUCAAAUUUCGGCAUCUUUUGGUCGAUUAAGACCUCUUCUGAACAUGCGUGCACUUCAUCCAACAAACUCUAGCGGUCAAUCAAGUCAAGACCUAAGUCUCCUUAUCGAAAACUGGAUCAUGAAUGAGGCAUAUAUGGUAGCGCUAGUUGAGAUGUCCCAUGCACCGGUCUCCUCGGUGACUUUAUCAUUUCUAUUGGCUUUAUCUCGAUUGAUUCCUGUUCAGCCCUUCAUCUCCAACAAAAUAACUGGCACAAAGUCUCCUAUCGAUUUGCAUGCCAUUCUAACCCGCCAAUUUGCUGCCAAACGAAUCAAUCAUCUUCCAAUCCCCUCACCAAAAGACCGAUCCUCUUCACAUCAUGAUCUUCCCUUACCGGCAUUUGACGAUUGUCUCUUUCGAAGUCGAGAAUGCUGCCUCAACUGGCUUCUUGUUGACGAGGCUGCUUGGAGAGCUAUUGAGACAAGGACAUCACACACCUUGGAUCCGUCACCUGAACCAUCCCAUCUUGGCCUGGACUUGGAGCCAGAUCGUUGGUCAGAGAAGGUAGGAUCAAGAGUACUACAUCUGAUGAAACAAUCACCUCGGCUAGCAAACACACGCGCCAAGCCUGCUUUAGUCCAAGUUCGUCGGUCUGGCUAUCCCAACUGCUCAAGAUUAAUGUCGAGCGAUCCAAUGGGAAUGCCCUCUCUUUCUGCAAUCCUUCAACUUGGCUUCAGCCAUUUAAAAAUCAACUUGAUUAAGAUCUUCCAAGGUGUAUUAGUCAAAGCUUCAGUUUUGAGUAACACGAUUAAAUCCGAUCCUCAUACUUCUCAAGAUCGAGUGAGACGGAAAAUGAAGAUCCCGAGACGAGUUGUAGGUCAAUCAGCUAGGCAACAUAUAUCGCCUACUAUGAAACAUCCUUGGAUUCUCAUUACGUUUGCUACAGCUGCGACUGUUUUGACUGUUUGGGGAUGUACAUUACUAUGUGGAUGAUGAAGAAUGUCAAUCAUGAUAGACUUCCUUCUGAUUAUGAAGCUGUAGUAACUUUGCAUUGAGUUUGCCAUAUGUUUUGUUUUGUUCUCUUUACUUCUCAUUCUGAUUUUUUUUAUUUUGUAAUAUUAUCAUAUACUGUAAUGUAUAUCAUAUUUCAAUUCUUUUGUUCCCAUUAUUGACAUAUAUCUAUAUACAUAUAUGAAUUCCUAACAUUUGUUGUACCAAUAUAUUGGCUAAACUAAAGUUUUGCUCUUAUCAAUCUAUUCAUGUUUUGUUAUCUUUGGUUUUGUAAGAGAAUGUAAUUGGUUGAUAAUUUCAAAGUGAUUUGUUGUAAUAUAUCUUGAGUUUGAUGAAUUUUAAUUAAUUAGGAUCUG